UCUCAGUUGUUGCUUCAUUCAUGUCGCAGUUCAGCCAAGGUUCUGCUAUUGCGGAUUCGUCGUCCAAAUACUUCUCAGACUACAUCCAUGGCUACAUGGUCUUCCCAAGAAACAUUCUUGACUUUGUCGAUACGCCACAGUUCCAGCGACUUCGCGACCUCAAGCAGCUUGGAACGACGCAGUUUGUCUAUCCUGGUGCGACACACUCACGAUUCGAGCACUGCAUGGGAGUUGCGCACCUCGGAUCCCAGUGGAUGGAGCGGUUUCGCAUCAAGCAACCAGAGUUGGAAAUUACCGACCGUGAGGUCAACGCUGUCACUCUGGCUGGCUUGUGUCACGAUCUUGGGCAUGGGCCUUUCAGUCAUGUUUUCGAUGGCGGGUUCAUGCCGCGUGCGCGCCCCAACCACAAAUGGCACCACGAAGAUUGGUCUGAAAUGAUGCUCAACCAUCUUGUGGACGAGAACUACGUCGACAUUGAGGCGGAGGAUCUUGCCCUUAUUCGCGAUUUGAUUCAGGGCCGCGCGCCGAAUGAAGGCGGAGCCAACGCCCAGUACCGCUACAUGUUUGACAUUGUGUCCAACGAACGCAAUUCGGUCGAUGUGGACAAGGGCGACUAUCUCCAACGUGACGCGUACAAUGUGGGUAUCAAAACCGACUUUGACUUUUCCCGAUUGAUCCACUUUAGCCGUGUCGCCAACGACCAGAUCUGCUUCCAAGAGAAGGAAGUGUUCAAUCUCUACGAAAUGUUCCACACGCGCUACAGCAUGUUCAAGCGUGUCUACACCCACCGUGUCGGCAAAGCCAUCGAGCACAUGUUUGUCGAUGCUCUGCUUGAGGCAGACCAGUAUUUGCAGAUUUCCGCUUCGGUCGAUGAUCCUGCGGACUACCUGAACAUGACGGACAGCAUUGUGAAAGAAAUUGAACGUUCCAAGGUCCCGGAACUGGAAAAAUCGAGGUCCAUCCUGCGAGCUGUGCGAAAGCGCAACCUAUACAAGUUUGUGGAUGAAGUCGUCAUCCCGCAAGACAUCAUGGCACAUCUUGACAAGAGCCGCAUCUCUCCCGAAGAGAUUGCCAGUUGCCAGAGUGACGGAUUCCCCGUGACGGCAUCCGAUGUUAUCGUUGACUGGGUCGACAUCCACUAUGGUCUGAAGAAUGGCAACAAUCCCGUUGAGCAGACGCGCUUUUUCAGUCGCUGGGAAGCGGACGAAACGUUCAACAUUCCUCGCGACAAGGUCAGCUUCAUGCUGCCGGGACAGUACAAGGAUAACAUUCUUCGAGUGUACUGCCGCGACCCCGAUCAGAUGUACGCCGUCCAGAACGCGUUCAAACGUUUCAAGCAACGCUCACUCCCGACCAGCAUCACUGUGUCUGCCAUUCCGUCCAUUCCCUCGGUCGACUCUCCGCGCAAGCGUCGGCUGAUUGAGUUGUCUUGAAGUCGUAUGUUUUUGAUGAAAAAUCGACCAUGCUUUGGGCGACCUUGGACACACCCGUCCUUUGAUUUCUCUGUCAAGUCAGCUGUAGAAACUAAACAUUGCACUCCUCUCAAUCGAUCGCACAAAUCUCUAGAAUUCUACAAAACAAAAACAAU